AUGGCUUCUCCGAUCUUCUAUUUCUGGGGUAUAUGUUUCCAGUGGCCUCAAGAGCACAUCCAUCUCGCGGACACAUCCCAUGACAUUAUAGAUCAUAUAGGUUACCUGGCUACUGGUGGCAAUAAACUAUAUGACAUCUACCAGAUACAGGAGGGCGGUUCUACCUUUCUCAGGAAUAUCGGCAGCAUGUUUUGUAAGGGCAAUAUAAUCAAAAGGGAAGCCUCUCCCAUCUGGGCACUUGAUGUGCUCCAGCGAAUUAAUAAUAUCCUGUUUCACAAAGCCACAUUUCCAUUAGGGUUUCCACCUCCCGCACCACCCCUCAUUAGCGUGGUCGAGUCUCCUCCGCAGGUGCUCAGUCUGGCACCAGCUACAUUGUCAUACCCAUCUCUAGAUGAAGAUUAUGAAUCCACAGGACGAAAUGUCACAGCAUCUAUGUAUGGACCCACUACUACUGAUGAAGACAUCAUUCUCCUGAGUGCCCUUGAGAAAUACUACUUCGUCGGUCAGGCGCCAUCCCUUCAUCCUGAGCUUUCCUGGACAAUGGAAUCUAGGCUGGAUACUCUUGAUUCAUCUCAAAAACAGUCGCUCCGAGAGUCGUUGGUAGGGUCAGGUUGGAACAAGCCGUUGCAGCUAGGAAAAUGCCUUUAUUCAGGGCACUUAGUGGUUGGAAUUCCAGAAAACCCGUUCAAUGUCCACCAUGCAUUUUCAAGGCAAUCGAUAACCACGUGUUUCAUCCGAGCAGUCCUUUAUUACAAUACAACGUUUGAAGCACUAUAUGAAGAACGGUUGAAGGUCAAGAACGUUGCUGGGAUCAAGAGUGAAGUGGGUUGGCCGUAUUUAAGGAACAAGGGACAGUUCAAGGACUUGCAUAUAGAAUUUACUUCCGACCUGCAGAAGGUUGCAAGAGGUAGUGCGUCUUCAUUUACUGGGUUUGUCGUCAGCAAUGAGCAUAGGAUCCAGAAGAUGCUCGAUUUCAUCAUUCUUCUCAACUCAGACAAUAUGGAAUGGGUUCAACGAGGAAUCAGUGGUCUUGUUAUAACUCAAGCUUUUAAGGAAGUCGUAUGGAUCACAUUGAUGCAACCUAUCGCUGAACUUUUUGAUGUCCAUGGACGGAUGGCUGAUUUAUUUCCUGGGGACAUUCAAGACUGGAAUGGCAAUCUAUGA